CUCUCUCUCUCUCUCUCUCUUCCUAAGCCUCGUAACAAGAGGAUAAGAAUUAUGAAGAAUCCUUUGAAGCAGAGCAAAGUAGCGCCCUCAAACGCCUCUCUCCUCUUCCUCCUCGAACCACAGCAAUGGCGUCGACUGGGCUCAUCUCCUCCUCCUCCUCCUUCCUCCGCCUCGGCUCCGACCCCUACUCACUCCGGCCAUGGCCGUGCGGCGGAGGGGGCGGCGGCGCCUCCUAUUGGCGUCUUCUCCGAUCAGAGCCGAGCUCGGAGGCGACCCGCUCCAGUAUCGGAAGCUCGGGGACUCCGAUCUUCUCAUAAGCGAAGUCACCCUCGGAACCAUGACAUUUGGGCAACAGAACACAGAGAAGGAAGCUCAUGAUAUGCUCAGCUAUGCAUUCGAGAACGGCAUUAACAUCAUCGAUACUGCAGAAGCAUACCCAGUUCCGAUGAAAAAGGAGACUCAAGGAAACACUGAUCGUUAUAUAGGAAGCUGGAUGAGGUCCAAACCACGUGAUAAGAUUAUUUUGGCUACGAAAGUUUGUGGCUACUCUGAGCGAUUCAGUUAUAUCCGUGAAAAUGCAAAGGUUCUGCGAGUUGACGCUACCAACAUAAGAGAGAGUGUAGAAAAGAGCCUUUUGCGCCUAUCCACGGACUAUAUUGAUUUACUUCAGAUACACUGGCCAGAUCGUUAUGUACCAUUGUUUGGUGAAUUUGCAUAUAAUCCAGCAAAAUGGAGGCCAAGUGUGCCAUUUGCUGAACAACUUAGGGCUUUUCAGGAGCUCAUCGAUGAAGGGAAGGUACGCUACAUUGGAGUUUCUAAUGAAACUUCCUAUGGAGUAAUGGAAUUUGUACAUGCUGCAAAGGUCGAAGGGCUUCCGAAGAUUGUCAGCAUUCAGAAUUGCUAUAGUCUGCUUGCUAGAUGUCGAAGUGAAGUCGAUCUUGUUGAAGUAUGUCAUCCAAAUAACUGCAACAUUGGGCUCCUUGCAUAUUCACCAUUAGCUAGCGGGGUACUCACAGGGAAGUAUCUCGAUUCGAAUUCUGAAGUUGCAAGAAGAAGCAGGUUAAGCAUUUUCCCAGGGUACAUGGACAGAUACAACCAAUCACUAGCUAAGGAGGCAACUGAUCUCUACAUUCAGCUGGCAAAGGAGAAUGGCCUAACUCCAGUCCAACUUGCGCUCAGAUUCGUGCGCGAUCGCCCAUUCGUGACCAGCACUAUAAUCGGCGCCACAUCAGUGGAUCAGCUCAAAGAGGAUAUCGAUGCAUUUAUCACAUCCGCGCGACCUUUGCCGCCGGAAGUUGCCGAAGGCAUUGAGGACAUCUUCAAGAGAUACAAAGACCCAUCAAUCCUUUAACAGAUGUAGUCGUCUUUGAUUCUGCUAUACAAAUUCCACUUUGAGAAGUAUUAACUGUAUGAGAACAAGUUAUACAACAAGUGCUUUACCAACAAUCUUAACUUAUUGUUCCCCCCUUUGCACUA